CUUAAAACACACAUGAUAACUAGUCACUUUACUUUCCUCAACUUGUUGCCAUUCUAUAAUUUAUACGCUCUCUCUAAAGUGUUUAAAUAUCCCAGGCCUACUUUCCUUCACCAACAACACAAUCCAUUCCCAUUUGCUUUGCCACCCUUUCUCUUCUAUAUCACUUGAUUAAUUCUACUCAUAUCCCAUAAGCUAUUAUCCUUUCAUUCCUCAACUACACAUACAUAUAGGAACAACAUCACCAAAAUCCGAACAAAAAAGUAGUAUUUGGUUAAGUUAUCAAGAUGGAGAGCCACCACGAUCUUUCGCCACCACAAGUAGACACAUCUCGACCGUCCAUGGGCUUCCCACUCGGCACUGCCCUCCUCUUGCUCAUCAUCUUCAGCUUAAGUGGCAUCUUCUCAUGUUGUUACCAUUGGGAAAAGUUUCGUUCACUCCAUCAAUCUCUCUCCGAUCUUGAGGCUGCACACACACGCGCCCACAUCCAAUCUCUACCCUCCAAGUCCAAUCCUCAAUUCAAGGAAAUGGAGAUGGAAAAGAAGGAGCAGAGCUUGACGGUGUUAAUGCCAGGGGAUGAUGUGCCGAAGUUUAUAGCUAUGCCUUGCCCGUGUCAGCCAUUACGGCCAGAAGAGAUUAUUGUCAGCGUGGAGAAGCCACCGCGACCACCAUAGCAAAUUAAUUAAUGAUUAAUCAUAAAUUAACUUGAUGUGUAUAGAAGAAGUAUUGUGCAUAUGCAUUGCCACCAAUUGUUUGUAUUUCGAUCAACAAAAAUCACAGUAAUUUAAUGUGAUUAUGACAAACUCGCUAUAAUACUAAAGAGAUACGGACAUCGAAAAGUGUUUGAUUGUGGGGAUGAAAUUUACUGUUACAACCCAUCAAAGUGUUUGUAUUUUCAAAUUGGAACGAACCAUAGUUUGCAGUUUGCGGGGAUGAAAUUACUUUUAAAAUGUUAGUACUAUUUGAUUAGAAUUUUUUAUGUAUGUAAUUAUUGAUUUAAGGGAAUCAAAAUGCUUUUAUUGAUUAAACAUCCAA